AAUACUAAUAAUAAUAAUAACAAUAAUAUAAUAAUGGCAAAGGACGAAUUGGAAUACUUGUUCAAUAAUAAUGAAUCGGACGAACAAUGCUUUGACGACGAGGAGUCUGACGAGCCAAAGGAGAAGUGUGGAGUGUUUGGUGUGUACGCACCAGAGUUGGACGUAUCACGUAUAACAUUCUUUGCUUUGGUCGCCCUGCAGCAUCGUGGCCAGGAGAGCUGUGGCAUAGCCACCUACGAUCAGCACUAUUCCGUGCACGUCGAGACUGGCAUGGGCCUCGUCAACCAGGUGUUCACAGAGGCCAACCUGAAGCCAUUGAAGGGCCGCAUGGCCGUCGGUCACACACGUUACUCAACCGCGGGCAAGUCCACCAUCAUCAACGCCCAGCCCGUCAUUGUGCAGACGCUGCACGGACAGGUCGGCAUCGUACAGAACGGCAACUUGACCACGGCGCAGUCGCUGCGCAAGGAGCUGCUCCAGGCCGGCGUCGGCUUCUUCAAGGACUCGGACGUCGAGAUUAUCACACAGCUGCUGGCUGCCAACCCGCCCACCGACGGCAACUCCUCCCCCCUGCCAUUCGAGCCCAACAAGCCCAACUGGGAGGGCAGGAUCAGCCACUUUAUGAGCAAGUCAGAGGGUGCCUACUCGUUGUGUCUGAUGACACCCAACGCACUAUACGGUGUGCGCGACUUUAGAGGCCUGAGGCCACUGUGCAUUGGCGCCAUCGACGUGCCAUCCAAGGACGACCCCACAAAGACCAUCCCUCGCUACGUCCUCGCUUCAGAGUCGUGCGCCAUCAACACCAUUGGUGGCCGCUACAUCCGUGAGGUGCGUCCCGGUGAGAUCAUCAAGAUCGACGACAACGGAAUCGACUCGUUCAUGGGCCGCCAGCCCACCGAGAUCCCCGCACACUGCAUCUUUGAAUACGUCUACUUUGCCCGUCCCGACACUCUGCUCGAGGACCAGCUCAUCCACAGCGUUCGUCAACGCAUGGGCGAGCAGCUGGCUCGCGAGGCCCCACCCCCCGCCUGCUCCGUCAAGGAUCUCGAGACAAUCGUCAUCGGUGUGCCCGACUCAUCGCUGCCCGCCGCCAUCGGCUACGCCAAGCAGACUGGUCUGCCCUACACUGAGGGUCUCACCAAGAACCGUUAUAUCCACAGAACAUUCAUUCAGCCCACCGACCACCUCCGUCAGCAGGGCAUCAAGCUCAAGUUCAACCCUCUCACCGAGAACAUCAAGGGCAAGCGUGUCAUCCUCAUCGACGACUCCAUUGUCCGUGGAAACACAAUCAAGGCAUUGAUCAAGUUGAUCAGAAGUGCUGGAGCAGUUGAGAUUCAUGUUAGAAUCUCAUCGCCACCAGUUCUGCAUCCAUGCUACAUGGGCAUCGACAUGGCCACAUACGAGCAGUUGAUUGGAUACAACAAGACACUGAAAGAGGUGUGCGACUACAUUGGCGCCGAGUCCUUGGAGUACCUGAGCUACGAUGGCAUGGUGUCCGCCGUCACCUACGGCAAGAAGCCCCAGCACAGCGACACACAACCAACACAGCAGCCAGCGACCUGCGGCGGCAAGCUCAAUGGCAGCAUCAAAGCCAAGGACAACGGAUACUGCAGCGCCUGUUUCACUGGAGAGUACCCAAUAAAGGUGGACUUCUAA